AUGGUUGCCUUUGGACGGCGUGCUAUCGCCAAGCUGGCAGAGUCUCUACAUUCCAGCGACGGUGACCUCCUCGCCUCCUCCCUUGCCGACCUCAAGGCGCUUCUCUCCAACCAAGAGUCCAAGAUGGAGGCAAUCCACAACGACACCCUCGUGCCGUCUCUCGUGGCACUGCUCGAGAAACCCGACCACACAGCGGGAGCCGCCGACUGCAUCGCUUCGCUGAGCCUCGUGUGCCAAGGACGGGCAGCUGUAAAGGACGCCUUCGCAGUCGCGGCGCUCGAGGCCCUUCUCCCCUCUUCGUCGGUGUCUGCGGCGUCGGCCCUCCUCUCGCUCUCCCUCUCCCGGGAUGGGUGCGCCAUCCUCUUGGAGAGCGCCACUCUGGUGGGCUCGCUCACAGACGCGCUCUCUCGGGCCAGCGCGGACCUGAAACGCCCCUGCCUGGCCGCCUUGGCCAAUCUCCUGAGCCAGCCCGCUGCGGCGGAGCAAGCACUGAGGGCGGGGCUAGUGACACACUUGGGCAAGCUUGUGGAUGUCUCGGAGGAGGAGGAGGUCGUCGAGACCGCCCUGCAGGCUCUCUGUAACCUGAGCAAUACGCGCGCUGGCAAGGAGGCCGUUGUUGGUGCCGGGAUCCUCCCAUCUCUCGGCGCCAUGGCAGCAAAGGGCGGUGCUGCAGUGAAGCAGCGGGCGGCGGGCACCCUGAUGGCGCUAGCAAUCGGCGAGGGUCGGCAGCUACCGGACGAGUGCAUCCGGCCGCUCGUCUUGCUCGCCGACAGCGACGACGAAGAAACCGCACGGAAUGCGGUGGCGGCGCUGCGGAGCGCGUCGGAAGACCCGCCGACGCGGAGGCGGAUAGUGCGCUGUGCCGCAGAGCUUGGGAAGGAGCCCUCCUCCCUCGUCUUUGACAACCAGCCGUGGCCGCACUCGGAGCGCUUCCUGAGCCAGCGGGCGCUGGUGUCACAGUAG